GCUUUCAUAUAUCACAAAAUGAAUUCCUGGAUCGUUUAUGCAAUUGCAAUCCUUGCUGUAUUUGUCUCUGCACAAUCCGACGAAGAUUGGGAUGCAACAGUCCGAGACAAGACGGAGUUCUGUGGAACCAUGGCUCAGUAUGCACCAACCGGAGAUAUCUACUGCUCACAAUUUGCAAUGUGCUGUGAUCAGCAAUUCGAUCCAAACAACGGAGAUAAAUGCAAAGUAAAAGAAUCUGAAUGUCAACCAACUGAUGAUGGACGCAGUGGAUUGGGAACUUGCAAAUACUCCAACUGCACAGAACUUAUCACAACAACCACAACCACAACGACCCCAGCUCCUCAAUAUGAAUCAAUCAAUGCAGCUUACCAAGCGGUUACCAUCAUUGCUCCACUCUUUGCUGCCUUGUACUGUGUGAUGUAAAUCGAGAAGAAGAUUUCCGCUUCUUCGAAUGUCUACGUCCACGUCUCCACCUAUCAGUUCAGGGAUCUUUCAAUUUCAUAUUAUUACCCUCAAACAUCUUCCUCUUCAUAGUUAUGUUGUGUAGCCUGAAUUCCCUUUUUUCUCCAAGCGUUUUCAGAUUCUCAAUGAUUUCGCAAUUUGUACGGUGAUGCUCUACGAUUAUUGGAGUUGUGACUCAAAAAAACAUUUUAAACAAGAAAAAAUUCAAAAAUUCAAAAAAAUACUCCGACCACCCAAAUAUCAAUGCUUUCAAAGAAAAUUUAUCAGUUUUGGUUGAUUUGAUUUUCCUCUUAUUUUAUGCAUUUUCACCUCAUCCUCUUUUUCAUGUAUUUCCUGUUUUUCUAUUUUAAGUAUGCCGAAAAUAAAAUCAAAAUAAAAA